AUGGAGCACGGAGCUGGAACUCCGGGUGUGCUGGGCGCAAAGCCCGUAUCGUCAGAGCGUCUGGAACGGCGACCAUCGGGCGAGCCUCGGAUGGGAACGCAAAGCACGGAGCGUAUACCCAGCAGCACUGGCAGCUAUAUCAAUGGUCACUUCUCGGUCCGGAAUGCUCUCGGGUCAGAGCAAUCGCUAGCUUCAAACGAGGAGCAGAGAUUUCACAAAGAUGCCAUACAUAGGUCCCAAGCAGAACGCAAGCCCUUGCCCAGCGUGGCUCGUAGAUUGCCGGGAGCGGGCGCUGAGCGUUCGGCUGGAUGUGCUCGGGUCGGCGGCCUGCGUGCCUCUCGGGUCGCAGAGGCGUUUCAAGCAAGUUCACUCCGAAACCGCGCUUUCGAGACGAACUGCCUACCGCCGGCGUCGGCAACGGUAUCGGGAAUCCCUGCGGACGUUCAUACUCCGUACGCGAAUGCAGCCAUCCAGGGAGCGUCGGCGAAGGCAACGGGAGCACCGAACCCAAAUGCGCCCGCGUUUGCAAGCGCCGCUGCCGUCAGUACACGGAACGAGCAGACGUUCGCGGGGCAUAUCGCCGGGCUCAGACAGAGUCGCUGUGGAGCAACUGCGCCCGCCGAGAUAACGCCGCCUCUAUGCUCCAUCGAUGAGCGAACUGACCCAGCGUUCACGUUCCGAGGCGAGCACACCGGCAGCGAAAGCGGCACCACUGCGUGCGUCUCCGCUGGGCUCCAGUAUGUGAAGUGCGCGCCUGCCGCUGCGCAAGCGCUGGCGCCAGGGUUGGUGUGCGCAGUGCAACCAAGCCCGCUGGCAACGGCGGGCGCAGGCACAUGCCCUCUGGCGUCACCGUUGUCCACGAUCAGCACGCCAACUUCGGCGACCACGAAUUACUCGUCCCUGACCGCCAUUCAAGGCCCAGUGUCGCCGUCUCGGAAGAAGAACUCAACUCCGCUGCACUACGCAUGCCGCUUUGGCCAUAUUCAGGUUGUGCAGACCAUUCUCGAAUCGGCGCUGAAGAACGGUGGCGAAGAGCUCGUCCGAAUCGAAGCGGACCUCGUUGCCGCUGAUUGGAAGCGGAUGACGCCGAUUCACGUCGCGGCGAAGCACGGUCAAGAGGCUGUGGUUGCGCUCCUGGUCGAAUUCGCGAAACAUAGGGUAUCUGCACUCCUUACGACAGGCACAGACUCCAAUGGGACAGUCACUAUCACAGCAAAGCGGUGGCUUCAGGCAGUGCUCGAUGCACCAUGUGGUGAGGGCGCCACCGCGCUCAUGCUCGCAGCGCAGCACGGGCACGCGAAAUGUGUACGCCAUUUGCUCUCGUUGUGGGACGGUGUCGAUCCUAGGCGCAGAACUUCCACUCGAGGGUGGACGGCGGCGACUUUCGCUGCACGCUAUGGCCAUGUCGAAGUGCUGCGCGAACUCAUCACGGUCACAGACGUGCGCGCGUGCUUGGGUUUACCACCGGUGGCACAGGGCGUACCGCUCUGGGAUGCCGCCGAUGUGCUUGACAUGCCCGAUGCACAGGAUGGGAACACGCCGCUUAUGAUCGCAGCCAAGUACGGUAAGACGGAAAGCGUGCGCCUUUUGCUGCAGGUUGCAGCUUGGAUUCGGGGCGCUGGUGUACUGCCCGCCGUCAAUGCGCACGCAGCGAACAUGAACGGACAGACUGCGGUUCACCUGGCUGCGCAGCAUGGCCACAACGAGGUCGUUGCAGAGCUGCUACGCUUCCUGUCGGCAACGAGGACAACGGAUGCCUUGCAUGUACCGCCGCCGCCGCCGCCAUCGUCGUCGUCGUCGUCGUCGUCAACAUCAGCAUCGACUUCGUUGUCGGUAGCAUCGACAUGCGCACCACAAACGACACGAGCUUUGAGCCGAGCGCCCUCUACCCCAAUGGAGCAGUGCGCUACAGCAGUACCGCCGACACCGAUACCGACACCGACACCGCUCAUGUUCGCAGCGACAAGGUCACCGUCUCGAGCGAUAGCAACGCAAGAUGCCUUGCGGGGUGUACGCGCUCGCCAGAGGCUGCUCCCGCCGCUGGAGAUUCCAGGCGGAGAGGUCUGCGAGCAGCACCCUGGAGGAUUCAGCAGCUCGCUGUGUGUCGCGCCUACCGGUGCAGCUGGUUGCUCUGUUCUUGGUACUCCCAGCAAUGAUGAAUCUGAUCAGCACCUAGACCCGUUCGGGCACUCGUUUUACCUGGCCCCAAUGAGAGGAACGUUCUUGGAGCAGCCUCAAGCAGACUGGGGCCCAUGGAGCUAUGCGCGCAUAUCGCCGCUUUCGCCCCACGCAGCUGCUGCGGCUUCGGCUGCGGCCACAAUCACGCCAGGAAGCAUCCUUGGGACUGGAGUCGUACCAGCAGCGGUUGCUGAGAACGCGUGCGCUAGCCGCGCUGCAUCAUCUAGCGAAGGACCGGAGUUUGGAGGAGGCCCCAGCGAGACCGGCACCGGCACAUGCACCGGCACACCGUCUCUGCAGACAGAGAACUCGACACCAUCGAGUGUAUCGCCGCUGCUCAAUGGUCCCGAGCCCAGCGACGGAGCACACGAGAAACGGCAUGGAGGCGAUUCACAAUGCCACCACUCGAUGCCUGCCCUGGAUGCAGGGUCGGUAGCGCCCUCGGCAUUUCCGGGAUCCACGACAACGACAACGACUACAACAACAACAACAACAACGGCAGCGGCACCACCGGGCUGCUGGGACGCCUGGAUUAAGGAUCUCGUGGGUGACUGA